AUGGCCAAAAUUACCAUUAUUCUUGCUCUUGCCUUCGUCGCUGUCGUUGCAGCUGCUCCGCAAUCCAUCCAACAGCGUCAAAUCGUGCCGGGACCUAAUCCCGUAAAUGCCGAUCAACGACCUGCUGCUGCAAACCCCGAACAAGCGAAGGACUUGGAAGCAUCCGGAUCAAUUGGUUAUGGAUAUUACGGAGGUUAUGGCUACCCGGCUUAUGGUUAUUCGAGCAGCUUGUACUAUGGAGGUUUGGGCGGAUACGGAUAUGGCGGUUAUGGUUAUGGUUAUCCAUAUUACACUCGUGGCUUCGGCGGCUUGUAUGGAGGAUAUUGGUACUAA